AUGCCCUCUGACAAACGUGACCGCCCUGUCAGCGACCCGGAAGUCUCCGACUCCGGAUCGCCCUUGGACAAACAGCUCCGCCUUCAGUCUGAGAGCGAGUGCGAUAAGGCGACCCUUGCCCCGGUCCCCCCCUCAUCUGAUGAUGAGUGGGUGCUGGUGGAGGGUAGACGUAGACGCCGCUCUCGGCUGACGCCCACUGCCACCGCUGCUGCCACGCCCGCCUCCUCUGACUCCUCGGCUGCCACCUUGUUCCACGGUGGGCGCCAGGCGCCCCCCAACCACGCCCCUACCUCUGCUGCCUCUGCCUCACCCGGCACCGCUUCUACCUCCAACGCCGCUCCUGCUGCUUCCCUCCCUGCCACGCCCGGCACUGCUCCUCCAUCACACCCCGAGUCUGAUGGUUCCGGCCCUUCGACCCCCAAAGUCCUGGUUCCUCCGACGGCGGGGUUCGAUACGGCUCUCGACCUUGCCGAGGCCCUGGAGGAGCAGUUUGGCACCCGCUUGCAGCUCCGUUUUUUAGAGUCGGGGAGCGUGCUUGCGACCCCGCCAUCGGAAGCUGUGCUCCACUACCUCCUGGCCGUUACCUCGAUUCAGGGCAAGCCUGUCACCCUGCGACAGGUUGGCGAGGCCACCACCAAGGGCGUGGUGACCGCCUAUCCCGUGGCAAUGCCCCUGAAUGCCCUCCUUCGCCACCCAGACGUCCUCUCUGCAGACAGGUGCCUGACGCGAGACGGGCUCGCCACCAGACAGGUGAUGAUCACCCUGAAGGGGCCACUCCCGGGCUCCCUAGACCUGGGGAGCUGGGGGGUAUUCUACACCCGCCCCUUCAACAAGGAGCCUCUGAGAUGCUACUGCUGCCAACAAUUCGGGCACCACCGCUCCCGAUGCAACCGCCCCGCUGUGUGCGGCAUGUGCUCCGGGCCGCACAUGACAGAGGGGUGCUUGGAAAAAAUACAAGGCCGGGGAGGAGGUGCAGGCAAGUUGUCCGAAUUGCAAGCUGCACCACCACGCCUGGAGCCACCGCUGCCCCACACAGAGGACUAUAGUCGAGCGAGGCAUCCAGAGGCAGGUGGAAUGGCAGGCCGCCCACAACCCGUCUCGCCCUCCUUGGACCCGACAGUCCCUCUCCUGCUCCCGCCCCCGCCACAUGCAAGCCCCUCCUGCUCCAGCAACGCUAGCAUCCGAGGACCACUUCCCCAGCCUCCUUCCGCCACGCGCCACCAGAGCCACAACCCCAACCACAGCGGCACCACCUGCCCCGCAACCUCGUGCGGACGCCAUCAAACCCUCCACCUCAACGCCUGCCUUACAAACUCCUCCUGCCUCCACCUCGGGCCCCUCGCAGCGGCAACUCCGUGCUCCCCCCCCCCCCCCCCGCCCAUGACACAGCGCAAACACCGACGGCGCAACUGUCAGUACCCGCAACGUCCGCAAGUUCCACCCCCAAGGUCAGUGCUCGUCACCAAGGACGCGCUGGAGGGCAUGCUACCAAGCUUUGCCUUGGCCCUCACCACUCUACUACAGCUGACGCCGGACAAGGCAGCGAUAGAGGUAAUUGCAAAUGCGACCGUGGCGGAGCACUUUCCGACAACUGCAAACACAGCUCCAACACCGGCAGCGCCUCAAGAAAUACGGAGCCCCGCCUCUCUUCCCGCCGAGCCCAUGUCGACCGUUACCCCCCUCCCUCACCAGGAGGCUGUGAUGGACACCGACGCGCCCGAGGCUCCCGCCACCCAGAGCUCACCACCGGGUCAGACAUCAGUCACCUUCGCCAUCGGCCGCUCCCCACCACGGUCGCACGUCCCGGUGCAAACAGUCCCGCCGCGCUCCCGCAUCACACAGCCCAAGCGGAAGGUGGAGCAGAGGCGCCGCGGCCCUGCGCCCACCCUCACGACGGCCCCCGUGUCCACCCCGGCGGCGUCCGUGAGGGGCGGCCGCUGA